CAGACGCGAUCUUCCCGUCCAUCCACCGCGCCGCAUAAGCAGCUCCCACGUCGCUCAUCUAAUUCGUUGAUCGGCUUGCCUAGACAUUACCGUCUGUGCUCAGCUCCAGCUUCAAACCCUAGAUCACUACCGACCUGUCAGAGUGGUACUGCGCCCUGGCUAAAAGAAACAGUAUUUAAUCGUGGCUUUGCGGGCGAAACUCUUCAUGUAACCUCGCGGGCAUCCUGACCACCCCCCAACCCUCGCCCUCAAUCCGAUGCUGCUGCAGCGAAAGCAUGAACGACGAAGAAUUCUUUUCCGAUGAUGCGACCCUCGACGCCCUUGACGAAGACCAACUACGCGCUCUGGAGGAGGAGGCGGUGAGGAGCACUCAGCAGUCAGAACAGCAUUUCGCGCACAACGACGAUCACUAUGUUCACCCUCCGCAGUACCACUACCAGAAUCCGUCACAACAUCUGGGCGUCCGUACCACCGCGUUUAAACCCCCAAGGCAACAGAAUGUGCAACAAAGACAACAACAACAGCAAAACAAUUACCAGAGACCUCCGUCGAGCUAUGUUCCAUACUCGCAGCUGCAGCGCGGCGCUGCCACCACCACCACCGCCUCGAAUCAUCUCAAGCCCCACCAGCGACCAUUCGUCCCUCCCCAACGCGGUGGCUACAGCUACAUCGAAGAGCCGACGCUACCCGCCUACGUUUCCAACACCGCGACGGCGAAGCACCAGGUUCCAGUCACUGUCGACGAGGUUUCGUCCGACUACGGGGACAUUGAAGGGCUCGGGGAGUCGGCCGAGCUGUGGGAGGAGACGGCGCCUACCGCACUGAAUGCGCACCAUGAAGUCCAGGAGUAUCCGGUCAUUGGCGGAGGCGCGGAUGUGUACCAGCCCGCAGAGGGUGUGCAGGAUUGGAUCGAGCAGCAGGAGGAGCUGGGACAGAUUGUGGAAGAUGUGGUUAUGGCUAAUAGCCAGCACGAUACUACUGGGGCGACCACCAAUGAUGUCUACGCACAGCAGCAGCAGCAGCAACUGCAGGUGGAUGUGGACGUUUACAAGGUGCAGAUAGCGCAGCUCGAGAGACAAGCGGAGCAGAUGAGACAACAGCUUCAGCAAGUCCAGCAGGCAAAAGUCGGCGAAGUUGCAAUCGUACGAAACAAGCUCGAACAGACCAGCCGUGAACACGAGCGGAAACUGGCAUCUGUACAGAAAGUGCACGCCGAAGACGAGCAGAAAAAGCUGUCGGAAAUCGAAGCGUUAAAGGCAGAAAGAGACCGGCUACUCACGGAAGGGUUAUUCCGACAGAAAGAACUGGAUGAACUCGUCAGGAAGGAAAAGGUGGCCCGGAAGAAACAGGAACUGGCGGCCUUUACACAGAUACCCAAGAGUCAAGAGGUGACCAUGGUCGACAUUGACGCAUCCCGGAAUCGUACCUCGACACCAAAGAAGAAUAAGAGCUAUGCACAUAGGGAUGGGUUCGAAGAUGAUGAUAUGUUUACAGCCCCAAGUCCGUCCAGACGAGCCAUGAAGAUGGGGACUCCAAUAAAGUCAGGUCUCAAACGGAAACGCUCCGUCAAUGGCAGCCCUCUGCCUCAACUACCGCUCAGUCAAUCUCGUAGCAGCAUGAUGAUGCAGGUUGACAGGAUUCCCAUGGUGGACGAUAAGGUGUUAGAGAGACUUUUCUCCCACGAUGAUCGGUUGGAGUUCUUCGAGGCGAUAAUACUACAUAGAUGUUCCAUCACGCAGGAGCGGAUCUUUGACGCAUUGAUGAGAUACUCGUUCCCGUCGACGCCAAAGAUGACAAUCUCCUCAUACUUUCUGGACAAACUCACCACAUUGCGUGCAUCGGCAGAAAAGCAGGCGUUUUCGGUUGGCGUUUCUCGGGUUUUGCUUGGCAUUUGGGCUCGGUGUCUGGAAGAAAAGUUUUUUGGCCCGUUGUCCAUGGUGGUGGAAUUGUUUCGGUUUGGGAUUCUUUGGACUCAGGGUAGUCAUUGCUUCGAGGUGAUGGACGAGGCACUGGCCAUCUUGCAAGAAACGGUGGACAUCAAUGCGGCCCCGAUGGCGAUGACACGCGAGUACGUACUGAAGGACGGAGUGCCGACCAUCGCUUGUCUCAAGAUCAUGGAAGACAUUGCGCUGACGACUCUCGGAGAUGAGGCGCACGUGAGAAGAUUCUGGAAGCAGAUCCGCGUCGAUUUCCCCAUCAUGUGUCUGCACCCCACACAGCCGUUGGACGUUAUCCGCCGCAUGGCCAGCGUCCUCUGCACAUCGGUCGUGAGCGAUUCCUUCGGCCCGAUCACGAGCGCGCAGCGCAAGAACGAAGCUUUCCUGCUCGAAGCCGCCACGAAACCACUCGAGAUGGUGCCGAGGCAGCCGUCGAAAGAUAAGAAAUACACCCCGGUACAGGUUUUGGAACUGCGGCAGACGCUGGUGCAGUUCCUGGGCAGUGUCUGUAGCAUCGAACUAGGAAUGCUGGCAUUGGCGAAGCACGAGCGUGCUGUGCUGCGCCUGGCGCUCAGGAUCGGGGAGGAGGUGGAUCAGUGCUACGAAUGGAGGCUGGGGGAGGGGAUCAGAAUCGAUUUCAUCAACUUUGCUGUCCGCCUCCUCCACGGCAUAAUCACUAGCCAUCCCGAAGAAGCCAACGGGAAACUGGCCACGAACCAUAAACAUCUCGUGUCGAUGGUGCGAUUGGCCUUUAGCGAAGGGAUUGCCCAGGAAGCGGGGUUGGAAAGCGAUGCUGUCGAUUGUGCGUUCGCCCUGUUGGAGAAUAUGGUUACGCCCGAUGAGGCACUGGCGCUGGAGAGGAUGUUUAAUACGUGAUGUCGUUUCUUCUUGCUGUUUCGUUCGUAGGGGAGCUGGUCAGGCAAGCGCUAGGAUAGCAUAAAUGUCUGAUGUAGAGUACUGUAGACCAUAUUUAGCCACAGAGUGGCUGUCGCCGCGAAGUAGCACGAUGCGACGAUUAAUCCUGCACGAUCUCUUCACAAGCCAUGACUCGCUGCACGACCAUAUAUCCAGCCUCAUCGCAACGUCGGGUCUUGUCUUGUCCUUUUCCUCCCACCCCGCUGCAUGCCUGUCCGGCACAUCACACAAUCGCGAUGUUGGGAUUCCGUCCUCCACGAUUGAGCACUGGGACGUUGGGAUAUUGCGGAGUCCGGCCGUCGUCCUCGUCUGCUGCGCGAACGGAAGAUACUAGCAUCUGGUGGGGUUUCGGUUGGCUACGGUGCGGG